AUGGCGCCAAUAUCUCAGAUGUGUGUCUCUUUGCUAGCGUGGAUGCUCUUGCCGGUAUUGGCUCAAACGACUAAGCCAGUCUAUGCACACUUCAUGCUCGGCAUCGUCGAAAACUACACUAUAUCAGACUGGCAUCUCGACAUGACCCAAGCCAAAGAAAUCGGCAUCGACGGCUUCGCUCUGAACUGCGCCCCAGCCCGCAUUGAUAGCUACACCCCCAAACAGCUCGCAAACGCGUACCGAGCAGCUCAAGACCUCAACUUCACCGUCUUCAUCUCAUUUGACUUUGCGUACUGGUCCACGGCCGACACGGCAGAAAUCACCUCCAUCGUCGGCAACUACAGCGCGCACCCGGCCCAGGCGCGGUACGACGGCGGCGCCAUCGUGAGCACCUUUGUCGGUGACAACAUGAACUGGACCGCGGUGAAGAAUGGCGUGCCACCGGGGCAGAAGAUUACUGCUCUCCCCAUGAUCCAGGAUCCUGCAUGGCUUUCAGUUGCGAAUACGGGGCUCGAUGGCGCGUUUUCGUGGUAUGCGUGGCCAACAGAUGGGGGGAAUAGUAUCAUUCCUGGCCCGAUGACGACUAUUUGGGACGAUCGAUAUCUGGCGAAUCUGGGAAACCUUCCGUACAUGGCUCCCGUUUCGCCCUGGUUCUCAACCCAUUUCAACACCAAGAAUUGGGUCUUCAUCACGGAAGAGCAGCCCACCAUCCGAUGGGAGCAGAUGCUUGUCAUGAAACCUGCGCUAGUUGAGAUAAUCAGCUGGAAUGUAAAUCUUUACUUUCCAAAUACCAAGUUACUGACAACCUUGAGCGACUCCCAACCAAACCACUCGGACGACGGCUCCUCCGCCUGGGCAACCGGCUUCCCCCACGAGGGCUGGCGCACCCUAAUGAAGCCCUACAUAGCAGCCUACAAAUCCGGUGCCGACAAGCCCACCGUCAUCAGCGACGAGCUGGUCUACUGGUACCGCCCAAUGCCCAAGAACACGGUAUGCACAAACGACACCCUCGGCGCCCCCAACGGGAUCCAGUACCUUGCCGACGUGGUCUUCGUGGCCACGAUGCUCACGCAGCCCGCCACGCUCACCGUCACUAGCGGAAGCCAGGCACCCUUCACGGUGCCCGUCGGCGCGGGGAUACAGACCACCAACUUCACCAUGGGCAUCGGGGCGCAGAAGUUUUCAGUGUCCCGGAACGGGAGUCCGGUUCUCGGGGGCACGAGCAGCAAGGAGAUUAGCGGCGCUUGCCAGAAGUAUAACUUCAACGCUUUUGUGGGUUCUUUCAAAGCUCAAGCUGACCGCAGUGUUUUCGGCACGUCUGGAGAGUAA